AUGGAAGCAACAAGGGAUUUUGGACCUGUGCCUCCAGGCAUUGACCUUGCCGUGAACCGGCAAACCCAGAUGCUGGGUGCAGUCAUUACGUUGAUGGUUAUUGGAACCCUAGCGGUUAUUUUGCGUGUAUAUACACGUGCAAAGACAUCUCAGACAAAUUUCGGUCUUGAUGAUCUUUUGAUCUUUGCUGCUUUGUGGUUUGCCUACGGCACUGGUAUAUGCGUGAUCAUCAGUAUCAAGUACAAAAAUGGAUGGCACCAACAAGCUGUUACUGAUUCCGAAUUCAUCUCUCUCUGGAAGCUCCUUUUCGCACAUGUUUUCAUUUACUCGACAACGGUCACUCUCACUAAAUGCUCAAUUGUUAUGUUCUAUCGUCGCAUCUUUAACCUGCGCUGGUUAUCCUGUUUCGCCAUAAUCAUCAUCCUUGGCUACUUCGUCGCUGUCAUUGUCACCAUGGCGGCCGCAUGUCGCCCGACGUCAUAUUUCUGGGAGCAAUACACGGAUCCCACGGCUGAAGGGACGUGUAUAGAUGUCCCUCAAUUCCUUUUUGCCAAUGGCAUUGCUGCUGUCGUCAUUGAUGUCAUGAUUCUGUGUGUCCCAGUUCCUGUCAUCUGGAGAUUGCAAAUGCCCAAAUCCCAGCGCGUUGCAGUUACUAGUAUCUUGCUGCUCGGUGGUUUCGUAUGUAUCGCCGGUGUCGUUCGCGUUAUUUUCUUAUACAAACAUACACAUUCCAAAGAUCCAUCGUGGACAAUUGCCCCGGUGUUCAUGUGGUCUUGCGUUGAGCCUUUCAUCGGAAUUGUAUGCGCCUGUCUACCAACCUUUUCACCCUUGUUCCGUCGCUGGUGGGCUAUUUUGGGGAUUAAAAAGGGUUCCAAGAAACAGGGGGAUUAUUAUGGUGGGGGUUCUCAGACCCGUCGUUCGAGACAGCAGAUGUCUGAAGACGAAAAAGAGGGCCCUCACGGUGAUGAGGUUCAAUUAACUAGCUUCCCUGGUUGGCCAUUGAACUUCUUACGUGGGAAGGGUAACAGAGAUGACGUGAGAUUGCCUGACUCGAAGAUUCGGAUCAAAGAGGAGGUUACAAUCUCGUAUUCUGUGGGCGAAGCGGCUUGA